GCUCUAACGCGUCGUGACGUAGGGGAGGCGUGUGUGACAUUUGCUGCUGUAAGCUAGGAGCCGGAUAAAAAUGAACUGAAGCAGGAAAUAGAUUAUAAUUUUUUUUUCUUCUUUUCAGCAACUAGUUUGACUUUUUUUUUAUUUGGACUCUGCGGUCGUUCCUGCGUUAGAAGAGACAGCUUAAGACGGAAGGAGAAAACUUCCACUCCGGCCUGACGCGUUUUAUUAUCGGCUAGCGGUAUUUUCUUUUUUUUCUUAACUUGUACAGUAAAUGUCCUGAGUUGGAGCUGAACUCGCUUUCUGGAGGUUUCUUAACAUGUUGACGCAAACCCAUCCGCUUUUUCACUUUCCUAUGCUGAACUCUCGGGGGCAGGUGUGCUGAAAGUAGGCCAGGUGUGCAGCGCUACAGAUAGGGGUGCACUGUAAUAUAAUCACGGUGUGUGUGUGUGUGACACUGGCCCCAGCAGCCGACUUCAGGGAUUUCUAAAAGAGGUGCCACCAUGCUGCUCUCUCUGGUUGUGCACACACACUCGCUGCGGUACUGGUUUCCUGCCACCAUCAUGCUGGGCACGGCCCCGGCAUAUGUGCUGUCCUGGGGGGUCUGGCGCCUGCUCUCCACGCUCCUACCAGCACGUCUUUACCAUAAGGUCGACGACAGACUGUACUGCAUCUACCAGAGCAUGGUCCUGUUCUUCUUUGAGAACUACACAGGGGUGGAGAUUGUUCUAUACGGAGAUAUACCAAAGAAUAAAGAGAACGUGAUCUACCUUUCAAACCAUCAAUGUACAGCCGACUGGAUAAUCGCUGACAUGCUGGCCAUCAGACAGAGCGCCCUCGGCCACGUCAGAUACGUCCUGAAGGAUGGACUCAAGUGGCUCCCGCUCUAUGGCUGGUAUUUCUCGCAGCAUGGGGGAAUCUUUGUGAAGAGAAGUGCAAAGUUUAACGAAAAGGCCAUGAGGAGGAAGCUCGUCAGUCAGACUCGAUGUGGAGCGCCUAUGUACCUCGUCAUUUUCCCCGAAGGGACUCGGUAUAAUCCCGAGCUGAAGAACGUUAUCGCUGCCAGUCAGAAGUUUGCUGAGCGAGAAGGACUGACUCCUCUGAAGCACACGCUCACACCCAGGGUGAAGGCGUCCCACAUGGCUGUUGACAUCAUGAACGACAGUCUGGACGCCGUGUAUGACGUCACCGUAGCGUACGAGGGAACGCUGGAUGGCGCCGGUCACAGGAAGCCCGCGCCGUCGAUGGCAGAAUUCCUUUGCAAGGAAUGCACCCGCAUCCACAUUCACUUCGACCGUGUGGACAUCAAGGGAGUACCCUUAGAGCCGGGCCUUUUCCGCAGGUGGAUGCACAAGCGCUUCGAAAUCAAGGACCGGAUGUUGACAGAUUUCUACGAGUCAGAGGAUCCGGACAAAAAGUGCAAAUUCCCGGGCGAGGGCAGAAUCUCUCCGCUGAACCUCUCCAAGUCGCUCCCCUCGGCGCUGAUUCUGGGAGGACUGACACUGCCAAUGCUGCUGACGGAGAACGGCAGGAAACUUUACGUGAGAACCUGGGUUUACGGGACGCUGCUGGGCUGGCUCUGGGUAAACAUCUCUCCCUAAAAAGCUGCGCGGUAGGCGAACUGCCACGGUGAGACACGCGGAAGAUUCGGUGAGAGGUACCCCGUCUUCCUGUAUGGCGGCAACACACAACGUGUUCCAGAUGCAGAGCAAGUACCUUAUAGAUGCAGGAGUGUCCAGCUGUUGACCGGAGACACUGACAAAUACUUGAACCUUUUGUGUGUGAAAAUGAUUGAAAGUAUAACAGAUUUAUCGCAACGUGAUACAUUUCCUUGAAGUAUUUAAAAAGAGAAAUAUCCUAAUAUCAUUAGAUUUUGCCAAAUUAGCGUUCUUGCAUGAGUUUUUUUUCACUCAUUGGCGAUUUAAUAAAGCUCGUGUUAUUUUUUUUUAAAAAGCCAAGUGAGCUGGUUACCUGAACAAACAACAAAAAAGAAGCAAUUUCUUAAAUGCACUGACUCAUCAGUACCAGUUGUAAUACUUUUAUGCCAAGCCCCCCCCCCCCCCCCCCCCCCCCAUAUCUGGAGGAGUAUGCACUUUUAUCACAGUGAUUUAUUUUAUUUUUAUUUUACACUGGCAGAACAAAACAAAACAGCACACAGCUCCACCUGUAGGGCUCCAUGAACAUGACACCAGCCGCAUUGUUUACCAUACUUAAAUCUACACGCUGACUUCCUUCUUUUUAUUAUUAUUAUUAUUGGGGGUUUUUUUGGGGGGAGGGGGUUCUUUUGACUGCGAAUGUAGCGCUGAAAUCCCAUUCAUUGCACGUUCAUUCAUGCUGAUGGGAAGACAAUGAGAACGCAAUCCGCCGGAUGUCUCCGUGCUCGGGUCCUUGUUGCAGAGCCCGCGUGGACGAAUGUGCGCCGACGAUGCAAAAAAUGUGUUCUAACCAGUGCAAAAAUAUUACUCGAACCUUAAAGUGUCCGUCGUUGCCAAAAGCUGGUGUGUCUGCCAUUCUGUUGUACGGAGAGUGUCUCUGUGUGUUUUUUGUUUUUUUUUAAGGGUUUUCUUUUUUAGCUCCAGCUUCACAUUUGCUUCUGUCUCUUCUUUUCUUUUAGUACAGUGGAUUUUACGGUUUCAUUCCUGUAAUGCAUAAGUUUAUUACACAAUAAACCAUCUUAGAGUUCCUAUGAAAGUAUCUACCUAACAAAAAGCAGAUAAAGCCAUGUUAACAGUAUGUAUCGCAGGUUCCUGUUCACUCAAAGCCAUUUGUAUUAUCAGAUCAUUGUAUUAAAUGCACUGUUUGUCCGCGGUCGUUUACUCUAGAGAUACCAUUGCAUUUUCCACUUGUCACUUUACUGUCAGCGGUCUCGACCUCCUCUACCGUUUUAGUCUUGUUUUCUUUUCUCUUCACGGUAACUGCAUUGUUUUUAAUUGUCGCUCUGAUACCUCACUUGAAUAAUCCUUCCUGUAAAACAACAAAAAAAAAAAAUCCUCGUCAGCCAUUUUAUACUAAUUUUUAUCCUGACGAGAGCGGAUUUGUAACCUCGUCAGGAAACUCUGUAGACGGUAUUUAAAUGCCAUCGGUUUUUUGGAAACGUGUGCCUUCUCUAUGGUGGGCCGCGGUGGCUCCCGUCCCAACAGGUGACUGCGCCCACCGGGGGGCGCUGCCGGACCCGACGCUUACAGCAGCACGUGGUCGCGUUGUCUACAGCUCAUAGUGGCUUUCUUGCUCCAGCAAAUGCUUUGAUUUACACUUUUUGAAGACUAUUAUGAAAUCUUUAAAGAGUUUUAAGUUGUGGAACUUUGCAGUGAGAGGGAAAUAAAGAGUUGUUUUUUUUCUUCUGGGGAA